AUGGAUUGUCCACGGAACGCUCGCGGGCCAAAUGCCUCGGAUGGAACAGAAAUAUUGCUGCACUCGGCCAAAGUGUCACCCAGCGACAGUAGUGGAAUAACUGAUGAAGACAGCGGAUAUUUUCAAACAAAUUCUUCAACAAGCCGCCGAGUUGGUUCCAGCAAUUCGAUUGCCACAUCAGGACAACUGAACUACGAAGGUAGUGGUGGGUUUGUCAAUCGCGAUGAGUUACUUCAAGUGAUGACCGAGGAUUUGGUCGAUUGGUUUAUCCAGAUGUAUCCGAACCAGACAGAAGACCUUACAGUGGAAAAUUUCUUCGAUCGCCUUUCCGAUGGUGUUCUUUUGUGUCAUCACGUCACUCAGUUGCAUCAGCGCCUGGCAGAACAAUGUGAGCUGUUAACAAAAUCUAACAGAACUCUGUUAGUUGGUGUCCGAGUUGGAGGAGCUCAAGCUAUGCUACCUAGUCGCUGUCCGAUCUAUCAGCUACGUGGCUUGAAUAGUGCGAACGCGACUAGCGCAUUUGUGUCUCGUGAUAAUGUGUCUAAUUUCCUGGCCUGGUGUCGACAACUGGGUAUGCCCGAUAGUGUACUGUUUGAAAGUGAAGAUUUGGUUUGUCGGAAGAAUCCUCGAAAUGUGGCUGUCUGUCUACUUGAAUUGGCUCGUUUGGGUGGCGGCGUGGGUAUGGCUAUACCGGAACUAAUUCAACUGGAAGCUGAGAUAGACGAAGAGAUAGCGUUCGAAGAAUACGAUACUACACCUGAUGGUGACAGUCGUCGCAGGGAUCAUUCCAGCUGUUCAUCAAUUACCGAACAAGAAUAUGUUAUCUAUGCCGGCCAGAGGUCGGAGGGUGCACACCGUUCGAUUGGCACAGAAACGGGCGGGGUCCCGUUAGACGACGAUGAACAUGAUGGUGAUGGAGAUAAAAGCCGAGCAAUGCGUACUACACGAGCAACGGAACUUCGACGUCUAAAAAACAAAAGACUAAUAAGUGCCUCACGGUCGACCAACUGUUCUGACAGCAAACAGAAUGAGGAUAAUGUAAAGCGUAAACCGGAGAUUCAGCGACCGGUUGUGGAUAUGCGAUCUUUGGACGAGAUAAAAACUGCAUUUGAUCUUACACGUAGACUGAUUUCCGUAGCCCCAGCGCACCUUGAGUUGAUGUGUGGAACUUAA